GGAAGUUGUACCGUGGGAACGGGUCACUCAGACUGCGAGAGCACCAGGUCGUGAUCUCGGAAUCACCGCUGAUUCCCGUUUGCGGCUUCACCUGGCAGAAGAGCAACAAGAACGAUUAGCAUUGUUAAGAGAGCAACAUCAAAUAAAGGUGGGAACGAAAACGUCAAUGGAGGACCACCAGCUAGAAGAGCUAGUAGUUUCGGAACGUAAGCCUAAUCUGUUG